AGGAGUGUGUGUUGAGUUGGUGAAUGGGAAAAAUAUCAAUUUCUGAAAUUCAUCAAGCAAUACUAUUUCACCGUGACAAAAUAACGUAUCAGUGAUAACGUGCGGAAACCUUGCGUGGUAGGUGAAGCAAAGCAGCUGAACUAGCAACGAACAACAGAAUUUCCUUGAACAUAACAUUUUCCCUUUCGAGUUGAGGGCGUGAGAAAACAAACAAAAAGAAAAAAAACUGAAAAAGAACAGUAGAGAAAAUCGUGCUGUGUAACACAUACAUCGGGUAAAACGGGCUCCAAACCUAGGUAGAACGCCGAACGAUCGCAUUUCGUAGAGUUCAACCUUCGCGGGUGGUGAAGUUGAUCUAACGUACACAUACGCACUCACCUAUACGUAGACCACCGUUACUAGAAAGGUCGAACUGACUGAUGCAUUGCGGCUGCAUUUGUGCAUUAUCCUUGAACUGAUCGGACAUCAUUAGAGCGUAGUUGAAGUGUUUGUCUAUCGCUAUUUUUAAUGACACGAUAAAAGUGAAAAGUGAGAAUCCAAGUUGCCUUCUUAGCGCACCGAUAAUCUUCUAGCCCCGAAUUAAUGCUGAUGCUGAUGUCCCUAUAUGGAUUUAUAGUUUUAUGAAGUGAAUCAACAACAACAAAAAAUGCAAAAUCGUCUGCUGUUGUAUUGAAACAUCUUUCGGGUGUGGUGGGUUUUAAAAAGUACAGUGAGAUUGUAAACGUAAAUUAAGUUAUCAGUGCAUCGUGCGACAGAAGAUCGUGUUCACACAAAGUGCCGAAGUAUUGCGUCGGGAAACGCGAUACACUUAUGAAAAAAGUGCUCAUUAGGUUUUGCGUGUGAUAAAUAUUGCAAAUAGUAAGCAUGAUGUCAGCGUUAAGUCAUCAAGUGAAUAUGAACAAUUUUUUAUCGCUGCUAGUGGGUGCCUCUUUAGUUGCGGCUAAUUCGUCUCCGAGCCAUGAUGUAGGCUCACUAUCACAGCCGACCGAGUUCAGUAACGGAGUGUCGUCGUUUGCUUUGCCGGCAGAGGAGCGAAUGGCUUUCGAGACCUCCACAUUAGCCUAUCUGAACUACAGCUACACCGGGGCUGAUGGACAGUUGGUUGAGUUUGGUGGUAACGAGAGUGCGAAAUAUGGCGAAGGACGAAUUCUGAAUCGAAGCGGAAUAUUGGUGCACGUCAGCAAUAGUGUGAAUCGUUCCGAUCACACCGGCUGUUACAAACAUUGGAGCGGUACACUCGGCGAAUCAGUCCCGGAUCGUAACAUACCCUGGAUUGCGCUUGUACGACGCGGUGGUUGCAACUUUGAAGACAAAGUCAAACAUGCAUUCGAGCACGGUGCUGCAGGCGUCAUUAUCUAUAACGACAAAGGCGAUAUUAAGCUGGAUAAGAUGAAGAUCAACGAUAAAGAACGAAACAUCACUGCAGUCUUCACCACAAAAGCAAUGGGGCUUGAACUGAUCGAAGUUUUAGAAGUACAUAAAUACGAUGUGCAUAUGCGGAUAAUUGAAGGAUCUCGUCAAUUUGUCACAUUAGGAAACAUAAACAAAACAUCGGUCCUGUUUGUGUCAAUUUCGUUUAUUGUGCUGAUGAUAAUUUCUCUGGUUUGGUUGGUAUUUUACUACGUUCAGCGAUUCCGGUAUCUGCAAACCAAAGACAAACAAUCAAAACGACUCUGCAGCGUUGCAAAACGUAUAAUUGCCAAAAUUCCAACAAAAAGUAUUAAAUCAGAUGACAAGGAAAUCGAUAAUGAUUGCUGUGCCAUCUGCAUCGAACCGUAUAAAGUAACUGAUGUUAUACGUGUUCUACCCUGCAAGCACGAGUUCCAUAAGGUCUGCAUAGAUCCUUGGCUUCUUGAGCAUCGUACCUGCCCAAUGUGCAAAAUGGACAUUCUCAAACAUUAUGGUUUUGUGUUCACGGGUAGUCAAGAAAGUAUUCUUCAAUUAGACAUGGACAUGGAGGAAGGAGAUCUUAUUGACGAUAGAAGCAGCACCGAUGGAGGGUAUCAAAGACGUAACAGCGUCAGCCCUUUGCCACAGAUAAGGGCAUCUAAUGAAAAUCAGAUGUCACGCAGUUCCUCCGAUUCGGAUUCAGAACAUGAGCACGGAGACUGUGUAACUCCGCAUUCAUCAGGACGGCGUUCGGCACAAGACCGAACUAAGCGUGAUAGUCAACGGCAGCAUGACAAUUCACAGCAGGAAGCUGAUAUUUGUGUGGGAUGUCUCGCUGCAGCCUUGAAUAAGAAACAGAAAAACAACGAUAGCGUUAUUGUUCAAGAGGACGGAGACAGUGAUUCCUACGCCACAGAACAAAAUGGAUCAAAAAGCCUUCCAGCAACAUUGAAGAAAUAUAAGGGAAACCAUUCGACUGGAUCGUGCCGCGGCAUGAACCCUCCAGACCACUAUCACCCAUAUCCUUACAACGAUAAGCGUGGCAGUCGAAUUAACCAAAACCAUCAACCGCAAAACUCUGCCUCUGAAGAGCACAGUUCGCAACAGUCUUCUAAUCUUCCAUUUAAGUUUUACAAAACUGAAUGCGGACAACCACGCAAAGUUCGGACCCCGCUUCGCAAUGUAAUUCCUCAAUCGAUUUCAGCGCCCUGUGAUACUGACAGCUCACUGCGUGUAUGCAUUCACGGCGGGCUUGAGCAGAAUUUAUCUGAUAUUUCAACUUCCAAUGCUGGUACACUUCACGCAAAUACAGAAUCUGAGAAUCUGCCUGAAGUGCAUAUUGUUCAGCGGCCGAUCGAUGCUAAGCGACGCUGCUCGCUGUCACGCAACUCAUCAUGCUCCUCGGCGGAUCGUAAGGAUGUGGUAACAUGCGAAGAUCUGAAAAUUGCCAUAGAUUACUCCAACGAAGAGGACGUUUCAGACGAAACGGAACCAAACAGUGAUAAUGAUCUAAUCAUCAGACGAUCAGAGCGAGGCGACGAAAAAGAAACGCGGAAAAAGUGAUUAAAUAGAUGGCACCGUUUUAGACCAUCAGGUAAUUCAUGGCACGAUGAUAGAUAAUGAUCGCUUUCCUAAUUCCACCCAGGCAACACGGUUGAUGAUGAAUCGAAAUACGUUAUGUGAUAGAGUGAGACUGUACAGACGUAGACAUAUGUGAGGCAGUUUCUGUAAGCAGAUAACACGUGUUUGUGAAAACUUUUCCUGCAAGAGGAAUGGUUUCUGCAAUGAAGUAGGCGGACUUAAAGAGAUAAAUUAUCCCUCCUAUGGAAUCCUCCUACGGAACGAGCAGAGCUUUCAGCAUAGAGAAUAGUUCAUGGCACUCUAAACAAUAGCAACAAUAAACAGCAAACGGGCAUCCUAGGAAAACAUUCGUAAGGCACCUAAUGUUUUAACCUCGUUCUUCGAUAGCAUACCACCAAACAACUACAAAGACGUUCCACGUUGUUCGGGCAAUGAUAUCGGUAGUAGUGACGAAAUUUAAAUAUUGUAGACAAUUGUAGCAAAAAGGUUCUAAUAAUAUCUCAGUCACUGAAGAUCGGUUAAACACCGCAGUGCAAUAUAUUGGAAACUACUCCAAAUUAAACACUUUUUCCACAUCAAAUUCCAACGCAAAUUGAAUGAUAGAAAUUUUGUUCUUAGAUAGGAGGAAUACAGCAGUUAGUCAUUUACCGAAUUGAACUCCUAGCGUUAAAAUAAUGAACAUUAAUAGAAGGUACUGAAAGACUUAAUCGGUUGUUGGUAUUGGUUUACGGAAUGUGUAUAAAUCCAACCUAUGGAUGUAGUAGCGUUUUCGGUUUUGGUAGCAUCAAACAAGCUACAUUGAUAAUUUUAUUUAUGAAUUGCAUUAGUACUAGGCUGGAUGAAAACAGCAGGACAAGAAAUGCUUAACAUAAUUUGUCAAUUUAAUCGAGAAAGGAAAACAUAGCCACUAGCCGUUACUAGAAAGUUGGCUUUACAAAUUGGGCUACGGAUAAUGUGCUGGCAGGAUAUUGAAAUGGUUAUGAAAUAAAAUAACUUAAAAUGCGUCCAACACAACGCUGAU